UUUGCCCUGGAAGGGGUUUCGAUCUUCAUUAUCCAAAUCAACAAAAAAAGAAGAAAAAAAAAUCCAUCCAUUUUCAAGUUAUUCGGAGCCCUAACAACAACACAUUCAAGGUACAUUAUACUUUUUAACAUUUUUUCACUUCGAUUCUUGGUUUCUAUUUCUGGGCAUUACAAUAUGAGGUUUUCGAAAUUUAAAAGAGGGGAACCAUCUAGUGAUUCUGAUUGUGGUUAUAAAGGUGAAUCAUCUGAUUCUGGUUAUGGUUAUAAAGGUGAAUCAUCUAAACGAGCUAAGAAAAGUAUUAGUUUUAAGAACCGUAUGAAGCCCAAACAAGCUGAAAGAAGAUUUAAAUAUAGUUCUAAGAAUCAUAUCAAGUCUAAAUCUUGCUCUAAGAGUUUUACUUACAAGAAUAUUGUUUACAAAAAUACUGCUUACAGGAGUACUUCACCCAAUUUCAUUAGGAAGCAAAAAAAACAGUUGUCUAGUAGUAGUUCUUGAGGAGUAUGGGGUUAUUAGGAUGAAAAAGCAUUUGUUUAGUAUUAGUUCUGAUGAGUUUAAUGUUACUUCUGAUGAGUUUAAUAUUGGUUCUGAUGAGUAUGGUGCUAUUAGUAAGAAAAGGUUUCAUGGUCAAAAAGAAGAUUUACAUAAGAAAGAUCAUAAAAGAAGAAAGUUACAUAAUGAGGCCGUAUUUGUGGGGGAUUCUGACUAUCUCAAGUUCUUGAAAUCAUUGACUUGGGACAAGGAAAAUGAUGAAGAUGAUAGUGAUAAUUAUAGUAAAAGUGAAAAUGAGGGUUUCGAUGAUGUUGUGGAUGACGAGGAUAGCGAAGAUGACGAAGAAAAUGAGGACUACGUUGAUGUUGAUGAUGAGGAUAGCUAUGAUGGCGAGGAUGGCGAAGAAAAUGAGGAUAUUCAUGUGGACAGGGAUGGUGAAAUGAGUAUGGACAUGGGUGGUAAUGGGAUUGGUGUGGGAAAUGCGCUUAAUCCUGGUGAUACCAAUGUGAAGGAUGGCAAAGAAAAUGAGGAUAUUCAAUUGGAUAUGGACAUGUGUGGUGAAUCAGGUAAUGGAAUUGAUGUGGGUGAUGAGCUAGAUCCACAGUACAAGAUGUUUUUGAAGAACUUGAGGGAAGAUGGGAAAUCUUACAUCCUAGAGAUGAGGAGUGAGAAGGGGGACUUUAUCUCCAUAAAGUAUGAAGAGCCAUUGUUACCUCCUAGUUGCGCCAAGAGGAAGUCUAUGCCAAUCAAUGAUUUUCAUCCAUUCCUUGAUGAAUGCAAGUUGGAAUUGACACCCACAGCUGACAAGAGUUACUGUAAGUUUCUUAAAAAUAUGGGAGUAAUUGGCGGAUCCUUGAUUGUGAUAGCAGACGAUAUAAUUCUGCCAAUGGGAGAGCAUAACAAGGUUACUGCAUCUGUUCUUGAAAAGUCUUUGAGAAAUGGUUUCCCUUGUCGUAAAGAUCUGCAAUUUGAAGAAGACAACAAGGACUCUAUAUCUAAUCCUGCAAAAUCUGUGAAAGAUGGUUUGCUCUAUUGCAAAGACCCGACGAUAAAACCACAUAAACCUCAGAAGUCCUGUGAUUCACAGACGGAUGAAGAUGAUCUGGGUACUGAUUGCUAUCGUUCGGAAUAUGAAAAAAAGCUUGAGAAAUGUAUAAACAUGCCAUAUGAUGAGAAGGAGCUUAUUGAUAAGUGGAAAUUAGCAUCCUGUCGAAAGGAGUUGGAACGAGUUAGGGAGACACGUCGACGUUCUGUAUCAUAUGCCACUGAGAAAACAAGCCGUUCCUAUUUGGAUCACCACCCUGCUCUCUCAGAAAUGGUUGAUCGCGCUUUAGCACGUCGUGAUGGGUGUAGAGCAUUGUUGCUUCUGCGUUGCUUAUUCUUCUACAAUGAGAAUGUGGCCCAUGAAGGAGCAUUUAUGCCGUGGGUAGACCCCUCAUUUGAGAGGAUGCUGUCGGACCCUGCAUAAAAGAUUAUUCCUCAAGGAGUGCAGGUUGCUGUUAGCAGAGGAGAUGUUGUAGGUAAGAAGGGGAAGAUGAACUUGCCUGACCAUGGUAAUACAAGUUGCAUGUUGUAUUAUUAGGAGUAGAAAAAUUAUAAGACUGCCUUGAGUGCUAAUUAAUGGAGUUUCUAACCUACAUUAGUUACAAGUAGUACUGAAAGACUGGAGUUGAUGAUGGUCACCAUUGUAUUUCAUAAUAUUCCUGUUCUUCUGAGUAAUACUUUUAUGGUUGUUGGAGCUGUAGCAGCAGCUGCAAGUGGGAUAGUUGCACUGACAAUGUUGCCUGCUCUACCCCCUGAUUUCACCAACAGAAGUAGAAUCAUGAGAACAAGAAGUUUACCAUUCCCUUGACUUAUCACUUUUAAUGUUCAGUAUCUCACAUCUCAAGUAUUCCAUUACAUAUGGAUUUUUUAUUUUUUUUGUUGAUGA